AUGGAAGAAACCAAAUGGAUGAUAGUGAUACCCACUUCACUCUUCCUCCUAACUUUCCUCAUCCUUUUGAAACUAACUCAAAGGAAACAAUCCAACCACAAAAACCUCCCUCCAUCUCCACCAUCUUUACCACUCAUAGGCCAUCUCCACCUCAUCAAACAACCCUUACAACGAUGUCUCCACAGCCUCACAGAUACCUACGGCCAUGUCUUCUUCCUCCAAUUUGGAGCACGCAACGUCCUCGUCGUCUCUUCACCAUCCGCAGUAGAAGAAUGUUUGUCAAAUAACGACAUAACAUUCGCAAAUCGCUCCGUAACACUUGCCGGAAAAUAUCUCAACUACAAUAAUACAACAGUAGCGAUGUCCUCUUAUGGUGAACUUUGGCGCAAACUGCGUCGUUUAACAACUAUGGAGCUUUUCUCUACCAAUCGUGUUGCGAUGUUUGUGAAAGUUCGAGAAGAAGAGGUGAAAUUGUUGAUUAAGCAAAUAUUUGAAGGGUGCAAAGGAGAAACAAUGUCAAAGGUUGACCUCAAAACAAAAACUUUGGAGGUUUCUUUCAACACCAUGCUGAGAGUGAUAUCGGGGAAACGAUACUAUGGUGAAGAUGACGAUGUUGCCUUAGAAGGAAAAGAGUUUCAAGUUUUAAUAAAUGAAUAUAUAGAGCUUCUUGGAAGUGGAAAUUUGAAUGAUUAUUUUCCAAUACUGAAAUGGAUUGAUUUUCAAGGGAUGAAAAAGAAGAUGGUGAAGGUGAUGAAAAAGAUGGAUAGUUUUCUUCAGAAGCUAGUUGAUGAGAAACGGAGAAAUUGGAGCAACGACCAAAAAAAUAUGACGUUGAUUGAUGUUAUGUUAGACUUGCAACAAAAGGAACCGGAAUUCUACACGGAAGAAAUUGUGAAAGGUGUUAUUCUGAUUAUGCUUGUAGCUGGCUCUGAAACUUCAGCUAGAACCAUGGAAUGGGCAUUUUCACUUCUCCUCAACCAUCCAGAAAAAAUGAACAAGGUUAGAGAAGAGAUAAACACUUGUAUACAUCAAGAUCAUCUUAUGAAUGAAUCAGAAGCUUCAAAACUAAAAUACUUACAGAAUGUAAUUACGGAGACACUUCGGUUAUACCCCGUGACUCCAUUAUUGAUACCACACGAGUCCUCAAAUGAUUGCAAUGUUUGUGGUUUUGAUAUACCAAAAGGGACGAUUCUUCUUGUGAAUCUUUGGACCUUACAUAGGGACCCUAACUUAUGGGUGGACCCAACAAAGUUUGUGCCGGAAAGAUUUGAAGAAAGGGAGUUAGACAGUGAGGCUUAUUAUAAUAUGAUUCCAUUUGGUGCUGGAAGGAGAGCUUGUCCUGGAUCUGUUUUAGCAAAACGUUUUAUGGCAAAUGCAAUGGCGUCUUUGAUUCAAUGUUUUGAAUGGGAGAGGAUUGGGAAUGAAGAACUUGACAUGACUGAGGGAAUAGGUAUUACAAUGCCUAAAUUUGAACCUUUGGUUGCUUUAUGCAGGCCACGCCAAGAUAUGAUAAAAGUUCUCUCAAAUAUAUAA